AUGACGAAUGUAGGACGUGUGUGCAAGCUGCGGUCGUACUCGGAGCGCUCAAGUCACAUGAGCAGCACGUGCAGCAGCCCCCACACAAGGUCGAUGACGUUGAGUUGUUCGGAUGCCCAGAAGCAAGUGCUACAGCAACUGGCGUCUCCACAACACAGCGAUAUUGGCAUGUGUGAGAAACCAACGUCGUCCAUGGAUAUGUGGCAGAUCGGCCACGACGACGAGUUUUCGGUGGUGAUGCACGAUUUAAAACGCACGCUUGACCAAUUUGAAGCAGAAAACAUGCUGCCAAAAGCGUUGGAGCGGCUCGCGUGGGCUACGACCAUAUGA